AUGCUGACUUCACCGGAGUCGUCGUCUGCUUCCACAACGACAAGGGUUACUACUUCAUCAAGCCAGACAACGACGAUUAAUGUUACGACUUCAUUCACCAAUAAAAGAUUCAAGCCAACGAUUAAUGUUACAGUUGUGGAUGUAUCUGGUGGUGAUUGGGCUCGUAACCGCGACAAUUAUGGUGGCGGAAGUCGUAUGUAUGCGUUUAUGUAUAUGCAAUUGCAUCUCAAAAAAUUUCGUAUCUCAUCCCCGAGCGCCAAAAUCUACCCUUAUUUUCAUUUCCCUCCUAAUCUUCACCCCAUUUCCCCAACCCUCUUGCUGCCAAAGUCUUGCAACCCCUCCGACCAAUCCCCACCUUUUGCCGCCGUCACCACCACUUCCACAUUUUUUCGUUGUCACCAUUGCAACCCCCUUGCCGCCGUCACCACCGCAACCACCUCCGCUGCCGCCACCGCCACCACUCACCCCAUUCCCGUCGCGUCACCACCUCCGUCGCUGUUUCAGGCGAGUCCAUCUCCAAAAUUACCACCACACCCACCAACCGGGCACAAGACGAACCCCCACCUUCAACCUCCAUCUUCAUCCACCGCUCCGAAACCAACACCAGCAGCCGUCAUCACCAACAACCCACUAACAUCCAAAAUCGAUCUAGGCCCAGACUUGCAAGUUCAAUACCAUCAAAGAGUGCUACCAGCUCUAGCUACUGCAAUGGACGGCUUUAAUAACCCGCGAGUUCAGGAACACUUCCAAAAGUACUAUGAUGUAGUCAUGCCUUAUUUAAAAGCUAUAUUAGUUAAUGCAAAUGAUAAAGCCAAUCAUAUGCUUCGAGAUAAGGCCAUGGAAUGCAUUAGUUUGGUUGGAAUGGCUGUUAGGAAGGAAAAAUUUAGAGACGAUGCUAAGCAGGUAAUGGAAGUGCUCAUGUCGUUGCAAGGAUCUCAAAUGGAGACUGAUGAUCCCACUACCAGCUACAUGCUUCAAGAACCCGAUAUAGAAAUCUGCGCAAGUAUGCUGGAUGCCUUGAAUGAAUGUAUACAGGUAUCUGGACCACUUUUAGAUGAAAAUCAGGUGCGAAGCAUAGUGGAUGAAAUUAAGCAGGUGAUCACAGCAAGUUCGAGUAGAAAAACCGAAAGAGCAGAAGGGGCUAAAGCUGAAGAUUUUGAUACUGAGGAAGGAGAAUUGCUUAAAGAGGAAAAUGAGCAACUAGAAGAAGUCUUUGACCAGGUUCUUACAAUGCUCGUUGUAGAUACCAUUGAUCUCGUGGUGAAUCUUUGACACUUUGGAGCUUUAGACAUAUACUAAGGCAGAAAAUUGGCAUCGUAAUGGAAGAAGUUUAGCUCGAAGGAGUUUGGGAUUACGACUUCGAUGGUCACAAAGUCUACACGGAUAGUUUUGAAUGGUCUUAAAAGAAAAGUUCAAGAAAAAUAUUUAUGGGCUGGACACAAACCCAAACCCAAACACAUCGAGGAUGUAAGUAGAGUGGUUGCAGAUCGAUUGUAUAAAAGAAAGGGCAAUGACAUCGUCAUAUUUCCCUACAAUCCCGGGUUUGAUUUUCCUUUUAAAUAAGUAUUCGUAAAGACCUAUUAUCUUAAUUUAUUUUGAUUGAAUUUUGGAUUUUGGAUUUUGAAGAAGCCAUUGGGUGCCAACAUAAUGGUUAAACUCAUCUGGUUUAACGCUAGGUGUCCACGUCAGCCAGGAGGUACUGAAUGCGACUACUAUGUGAUGAAGUUCAUGAAGGAGUUAGCUUACGAAGGAGUUGAAAUACUUGACAAUGAUAAUGCUGGGAAAGGAGUAGAAGAAUACUCGGCUGUGGAUAUGGAUGACAUUCGUGAAGAUUGGUCGACUUAUGCGGUUAACUCUAUUUUUAAGUUAUAAAUCGUAUUUUAGGUGUUGAUAAUGUAUUGGCAAACAAUUCUUUUUUUGUUAACGUUAAAAUAUUUGUAGUAUACUUGACAAAUGAUUAUGUAAUGGAUUGUUUUGGUAUAUAUA